CUCCACAGGGACAAGUGCUACUGGCCAUCAGAAAAUAUUAAAAGCUGGAAUGAGAGCCAACGUGACUGUUCAACAAGGGAUUCUCAACUGCUGGUCAUCCAAGACAAGGAGGAGCUGGUAAGGGGACAAUUGCAUAUUUCAGGCAAUGCAUUCGCAUGCAUGUUAAUUCUGAAGGAAGCCUGAGUCCAACUGAGCUUAACUCUAGCUUAGUAGCUCUGCAAUGAUAACAUGGUUGGUGACUUGAGAAGCAUGUGGAGUGUGGGGCCUUGUUUAGUAGUUCAUCCCAUUCCCACCCACGGCCAGUUCAUCAGUGUCUAGAGAAGGCCUUGGGGAGCUUGACUAGUGAGAACCAAAGUACCCGUUGCAAGCAAAUCCCUGUAACUGUAGCCCAAGUCCUCUUUUUAUUUAGAAAGACUCUUUAGGAAGGUGAGGUUGGUUGUGGAGCAGUGGGAGAGGAGGAGCUGGUGUUCCCCUUGUUUUCCCCCCAUUCCACAUGGCCUUUCAGCGGCUUUUCCCCAUGGAUGCUUUAAAGCGUGUUUGGAGGCUUUUUCAAUGGUGUUCCCCAUAUACACAAUUUCACUUAAAUGCACAGUUCCUUGCAACGUAACCCUUGUGUAAAUAGGGAGGCCUGCAUUAUAAAUGCUUAAUGCUGCUUUGAUUACUGUUCUUGGUGAAUGUUUCGUUAUAAUUAAUAUCAACUUUCACAUUUUACUACUUUAUUUUACUUUAAUGUAAGCUUUAUUCUGAAGUUAUCAACUUGAAAAUAAUUUAACAAUUUUUUUUAUAAAAAACACAUUAUCUCAUGCAGGAUUUCAUAGAAAGCAUUACUAAAAAUUCAAAAUACUGGAUUGGACUCUCACUAUUAAAAUCGAAGAAGAAAUGGAUGUGGAUUACAGGCUUCCAGCUUGAUCAGAGUCUGUGAGUUGUUAUUGUUUUUAAUCUAAGCAAAAAAUCAUACAAUUUUGACUUUUGAGAAAUUGGGAAAGGUCUGGGAUGGCAAGUUUCUAUACCAUGAAGUCAUGCAGGUAGUUCUAUUUUUAUUUUUAUUCACUGGCCACUUCGCUCCCCACUCAUGGUCUCAAUUGAAGUUCCCCCCUUUCUCCAGAACACUGGUUCUUGGGGGGAAGGAAAGAUCAUUAGGGAUGUGAAUGGAAUAUUUUCCCUAUUUAUAAGUGCUAUAUGGAACCGCAGUGGCAGGGAGUGGAGGUGUAACCCUUCCCACUUUUUUAAAAAAAAAAAUGCAAAGUGAAAGAAUAGUAGAAAAUCCUCAUGCUCCUUGCCAUAACCAGUGACAACACCCUUCUCCAUGGAAUUCUUAAAAAAACUUCACCCUGUUUCUAUUUCCAAGGCUUUCUUUCACUCCUAACACACACAAAUGGUCAAAAAGAACUGGCCAAAAAUAUUAGCCUGACCUAAGAGGAAAAUCAGAGAAGAGAGAAGAAAGGGAAAACUGGCAAGUUAUUGGCAGUUAAUGAUGGGUGCCCCCCCACCAUCCCAUUUAUUUUGGGGUUGCCAACAGACCGGUUUGAGUUUAAUGUAGUUGGGAAUGUGCUGAGGUCCAAAUAUGGAUAAGCAAGCCAACUCCUGCUCUCAAGUUCCUAUAUCUGCCCAAUUGCCCCCAUUUCACUAAUUCUUCCUAGGUGGCAAAUUGGUAGGUCAUUUUCAUUCAGAGGCGUAGCAUGGAGGUGCCACUGCUCCGGGCACAAUUUGGAGAGGGGUGCAGACAGGCGUCCCACAGCAGGCUCCUUCAUCAGAGCCUGGCUCUGCUUCAGAAGGAGCUGCUCCUUGGUUACAGCGCUUGUGCCUGGUGCCAGGGGAGGAGAGCAGGCAAGGGGGAGGCAGCGCUGCUCUGCCACUUGGUCACUUCUGACGUGGUGGUGGAGAGCAGGAGGAGAGUGGGUAGCAGCUUCCCCAACCCUCUCCUACUCUGAACUGUGGCGCAGGAGGGCACUCUCUGUGCAUCACCCUCUUGGGAGCGUGCCGCGGGCAUAUGCUCCACCACUGUUUUGAUUUCCAGAUCCCUGGUGGAACAUCAACCACUGCUGCAAUCCUCCUUCCCAGGCCCCAAAGUCUUGGGGCAGGAAAAAGGUGGUGAUGCUCCCACUAUCAAGCUCAGCAUGACUUUCUUCACUCUCUCCACUUUGAUGCAAGUUUGGAGGAUUCAAAUGCAUACAACCAGCUUAUUGUACAUUUUGGGAACACUCAUGCUUUCUAUUAAGAAUAUGAAAAAAUAGUUGUAACAGACUUCAGUCCUGAUGUUCAGAUGUACCCUUUUCUUCCACAGAUUUAAAGAACCAGACUAUGCUGAAGGAAACUCUUGCGCUGCAGUAAGACAUAAAAUUAUCUCUGAACGCUGCAUUGCUGAACUUAGGUGGAUUUGCCAGAAAGGCCCUCUCCUACUCUGAUAUUUUAGUUUGAUAAAUGUAAUAAUUAUGUGGGUUUUGGUUAUUUGCUAGGAACACACAAUAAAAAUGUCAUUGAGUGACUGAGAAGAUUAUGUAAAGGUAUUAUUCUAUUGUCAUCAAAAUACCUCUUUGUGAAAUCCAGAGGCAGCACAUCUAAAAUGGAAUUCUAAGUCAUUUUAUGUUGGCUAUUAAAAGAUUGGUUUUAAGUCACAAUUGAGGAUCAGCUGUAGAAUUUGACAGUGCAAAAUAAAUAAUAACAAUAAGAAUAAUACCCCACCCAUCUGACUGGGUUUCCCCAGCCACUCUGAGCAGCUUCCAGCACAAUUAAAAACAUAAUAAAACAUCUAACAUUAAAAAUGUCCUUAAACAGGGCUGCCUUCAGAAGUCUUCUGAAAAUUGUAUAGCUAUUUAUUUCCUUGACAUCUGAUGGGAGUGCUUCCCACUGAGGGGGGUGCCACUACCGAUAAGGCCCUCUCAUGCUCCGGCACCAGGGGGUGGAGAGCAGACGGGGGUGGGGCGCACCGCACACAGGGGCGUGAUGCGCAUCCUGGGGGCGCAGCACGUCGUCUGCAGGGGCGUGACACCCAGCACGGGCAGGGGAGGGGAGCCGCGAUGGCACCCGACCAGGAUCGCGCUGCCGGGGGUGGUGCGCUCCCCCCGCACUCCUCUUCCUCCGCCAGUGGACCCUCUGCCUGGUUCCCUGUAGCUUCACUUCUCACAGACCACACCUAGACAUGUCUCUCUGUUCCAUCUGAAUGAGGAGAAACAGUUGAGAUGUUAGACUAGUGCUUGAAUGUGGUGAUGGGCUGGAUGUGGGCCAAUAAACUGAAGCUGAAUCCUGAAAAGAUAUGUGUCUCAGGGAGCUUGCAAUUGCUUGGGGUGAACACCAUGUAACUAUGAUGUUUCUUGUUGGUUUGUGUCCAACCAAUCAGCAUUACAAAGCCCAGCUAUGGAUGUAAUAUGCAAAAUUUUCUUACAAUUGUAAAUCAUAGUACCUUUGUUUUUUUAUUGAAUAUAGCACUGUAAACCACAUGCACCAUUGUAAUGGAUUGCUUUGUUUGUUAUUUCUGCCCCAGGUACAGCAAUUAGCCCCCCAAUUCCUCCACAACCUGUCCUUUAUUUUGACCAACCAAAG